CGAGAGAUGAUCUCAAGUUGGGCUUAGUGGCAGGUAGGCGGGAGUGGAUCACUCGGUCGAUCCGUUGCUGUCAUUGGAUCGUGUAUCCCUGUUUUCUCGUCAACUUUUUGCUCCUGUUUCAUUUGAGCAGUCACCAGGAGGUGCCGGACCUCUUAUUGAGCAUCAAAUGUACUUGUGAUCUUUCUCUGCUGUCUGCACGACAGCUUCUACCCUCAAUCAUGCCUCCGUCAGCACCCCUGAACGGCGACGGACGACAGUUUGUCAACAGCAGUGCCUUGCCUCAAAGUCCGACAAUGGCUUCCUCUGUUGGCUUAAGCCAUGACGAACGGCCUCUGUCUUCUGGCGGCCUAAUUGAUGGUGACCGGACUCAGUCCCUUACUCCUAUUGCAGCAGCCCAUCCCUUCAAAGAUGAGGAGGCUAAAAUCUACCUCGAACUCCGGGACGGCCAGGUCUUCGAAGGCCUUAGCUUCGGUGCCCCCAAAAGCAUGUCCGGAGAACUCGUCUUCCAGACGGGAAUGGUUGGCUACCCCGAGUCUGUUACCGAUCCAUCUUACCGCGGUCAAAUCUUGGUCAUCACCUUCCCUCUUGUCGGCAACUAUGGCGUCCCCUCCAGAGAAACAAUGGACGAACUACUGAAGGACUUGCCAAAGCAUUUCGAGUCCGACGAGAUCCAUGUUGCCGGUCUUGUGGUGGCGUCAUAUGCUGGCGAGGCAUACUCACAUUAUUUGGCCACAUCUUCACUCGGUACUUGGCUGAAAGAACAAGGUGUCCCUGCCAUGUAUGGCGUUGACACUAGAGCUUUGACCAAGAUCAUUCGGGAAGAAGGCAGCAUGCUUGGUCGGAUGCUAUACUCAUCUUCCUCUGGAUCGAAACUCACCAACGGCACCAAGGUGAAUUCUCAGCCCAAUGGAGAAGUAGUGAUGGGCCCUAUCAACUGGAAAGAACAAGUUGAUGAGGUGGAAUGGCACGAUCAGAAUACGAGAAACCUCGUGGCAGAGGUUUCAGUGAAGGAGCCCAAAAUCAUGUCUCCUCCGAAAGACAAAGCGCUCACGCACCCCUCCGGCAGACCUGUCCGAGUGGUGGUGGUUGAUGUCGGUCUCAAGUACAACCAGCUACGAUGUUUCCUUUCUCGUGGUGUUGAGGUUUUGGUAGUGCCUUGGGAUUACGACUUCCCUGCCCUGGCGGGAAAAGACUACGACGGCUUGUUCAUCUCCAAUGGACCCGGUGAUCCGGCAAUGCUGUCAACUACCGUCAAGCACAUAUCAGCGGCCUUGGCGGAAGCAAGAACUCCCAUCUUUGGUAUCUGUCUUGGUCAUCAACUUCUUGCCCGGGCUGCCGGAGCCAGCACCUUGAAAAUGAAGUUUGGCAAUCGCGGUCACAACAUUCCCUGCACAAAUCUCCUGUCUGGUCGAUGUUAUAUCACAUCGCAGAACCAUGGAUUUGCCGUGGAUUCUAUGACGCUACCAGAAGGUUGGGAAGAGUUGUUUGUCAACGCCAAUGACGGCAGCAAUGAGGGUAUUCGCCACGUUUCGAAGCCAUACUUCAGUGUUCAAUUCCACCCAGAGUCCACGCCUGGGCCUAAGGACACCGAGUUUCUGUUCGAUGUUUUCAUCGAUGCCAUCAUGAAAAGUGUUGCAUCCGUGGAAGCCCUGGUGAAGCCUGUCACCUUCCCUGGAGGUACACUCGAGGACAAUGACAAAGCACAUCCACGUGUCAAAGUCAAGAAGGUUCUUGUCCUUGGAAGUGGCGGUCUCAGUAUUGGUCAAGCUGGAGAAUUCGACUACUCAGGCAGUCAAGCGAUAAAGGCCCUGAAAGAAGAAGGCAUUUACACUGUCUUGAUCAACCCUAACAUCGCGACGAUCCAAACUUCCAAGGGCUUGGCAGACAAGGUCUAUUUCCUUCCAGUCAAUGCCGAUUUCGUGCGCAAAGUGAUCAAACACGAGAAGCCAGACGGCAUCUACUGCACAUUCGGUGGACAAACUGCAUUGCAGGUUGGAAUCCAGCUCAAGGACGAAUUUGAAGCCCUUGGAGUUCAAGUCCUGGGCACUCCGAUUGAAACGAUUAUCACCACGGAAGAUCGUGAGCUCUUCGCCAGAAGUAUGGAGUCGAUUGGAGAGAAAUGUGCAAAGUCUGCAUCAGCUUCCAACAUCGACGAGGCAAUGCGCGCCGUCGAAGAUAUUGGCUUUCCAGUCAUUGUCCGAGCAGCGUAUGCGCUCGGUGGACUAGGGAGUGGAUUUGCUGAAGAUCCCGAGCAACUGCGUGAACUGUGUACAAAGGCUUUUGCUGCAAGUCCACAAGUACUUAUCGAACGAAGCAUGAAAGGCUGGAAAGAAAUCGAGUAUGAGGUUGUUCGAGAUGCUCGCGACAAUUGUAUCACUGUUUGUAACAUGGAGAACUUCGACCCUCUCGGUAUCCAUACCGGAGAUUCCAUUGUCGUCGCGCCUUCGCAGACCUUGUCGGAUGAUGAUUACAAUAUGCUUCGCACGACGGCUGUCAACGUCAUUCGACAUCUAGGUGUUGUGGGAGAGUGUAAUAUCCAGUACGCACUCAAUCCUUUCUCAAAGGAGUACUGCAUCAUCGAAGUGAAUGCCAGAUUGUCUCGGUCAUCAGCUCUAGCUUCCAAGGCUACAGGAUACCCCCUGGCCUUUAUUGCUGCAAAGCUUGGUUUGGGUAUACCUUUGAACGAGAUCUCCAACACCGUCACAAAGAAGACAUGUGCUUGCUUUGAACCAUCCCUCGAUUAUGUCGUCGUCAAAAUUCCCCGAUGGGAUCUCAAGAAAUUUACCAGAGUUUCGACCCAGCUGGGUUCUUCCAUGAAGAGUGUUGGUGAAGUCAUGUCGAUUGGCAGAACUUUCGAAGAGGCUAUCCAGAAGGCCAUCCGCUCGGUUGACUUCCAUAACCUGGGAUUUUCGGACAUUUCGAAUCCUUUGAUGUCUGUGGACGACGAACUACAGACCCCGUCUGAUCAGCGAAUGUUCGCCAUUGCCAAUGCCAUGGAUGCUGGAUAUAGUGUCGACAAAAUCUGGGAGAUGACCAAAAUCGACAAAUGGUUCCUUUCAAGACUGAAAGGUCUCAGCGACUUCUCCAAGUUCAUGUCCAAGUUUUCCGCCACGACCGUCUCUCCGUCCUUGAUUCGGCAAGCGAAGCAACUAGGAUUUUCCGAUCGUCAAUUAGCUCGUUGCUGGAAUUCCAAUGAACUUGCAGUCAGACGAUUGAGGGUUGAAGCAGGCAUCCACCCCGUUGUCAAACAGAUUGACACUGUUGCUGCUGAGUUUCCCGCUUACACAAACUACCUUUACCUGACCUACAAUGGUAUCGAGAGUGAUGUUACCUUCAACGAUCAUGGUAUUAUGAUGCUUGGCUCAGGUGUUUACCGGAUCGGUUCCUCUGUGGAGUUCGACUGGUGUUCGGUCAGAGCCAUCCGCACUCUGCGACAGGAGGGGUACAAGACUGUUAUGGUUAACUACAAUCCGGAGACCUGCAGCACUGACUACGACGAGGCUGAUCGUCUCUACUUUGAGAAUAUCAGUCUUGAGAAUGUGCUCGAUAUCUAUCAACUUGAGUCGGCAAGCGGUGUCAUCAUCUCUAUGGGUGGGCAAACUCCAAACAACAUUGCGCUACCCUUACAUAGACUCAACGUGAAGAUCCUCGGAACUUCCCCAGAAAUGAUCGACUCUGCCGAGAACAGAUACAAGUUUUCCCGAAUGUUGGACCGGAUCCAUGUUGAUCAGCCAUCGUGGAAAGAGUUGACAAGCAUGGAGGAUGCCCUUGGUUUCUGCAAGAAAGUCGGGUAUCCUGUCCUUGUACGACCGUCCUAUGUGCUCUCCGGUGCAGCCAUGAACACAGUGUACUCGAAAGACGACCUUGCCAGCUAUCUCAACCAAGCAGUGGAGGUGUCACGGGAUCAUCCUGUGGUCAUCACCAAAUAUAUUGAGAACGCCAAAGAGAUUGAGAUGGACGCUGUGGCGAAAGACGGCGUCAUGACUGGCCACUUCAUUUCCGAACACGUGGAAAACGCCGGUGUACAUUCUGGUGAUGCAACUUUGAUCUGUCCACCACAAGAUCUUGAGCCAGAAACCAUUGCCAGAAUCGAGGAGGCUACCCGCAAGAUUGGUAAUGCACUGAAUGUUACAGGACCCUACAAUAUCCAGUUCAUCGCAAAGGACAACGAGAUCAAGGUGAUCGAAUGCAAUGUUCGUGCUUCGAGAUCUUUCCCGUUCGUUUCCAAAGUCAUGGGAGUGGAUCUGAUCGAGAUGGCUACCAAGGUUAUCGUCGGCAAAUCCAUCACCCCUUAUCCUCCUGUCAACAUACCCGCGGAUUAUGUUGGUGUCAAAGCGCCACAAUUCUCCUUCUCUCGCUUGUCCGGGGCCGAUCCGGUCCUAGGCGUUGAGAUGGCAUCGACCGGUGAAGUCGCCUCCUUUGGGCGAGACCGUUAUGAGGCCUACAUCAAGGCGACGAUCUCAACGGGCUUUAAGCUGCCAGAGAAAAAUAUCCUACUCUCCAUCGGGUCGUUCAAGGAGAAGAUGGAAAUGCUGCCCUCGGUUCGCAAACUGCAUCAGUUGGGUUACAACCUCUUUGCCACCUCUGGUACUGCCGACUUCCUCGAAGAGCAUGACAUCAAGGUGAAAUAUCUUGAGGUCCUCGGAAGUGACGAAAAGGACCAGAAGUCGGAAUACUCGCUCAUACAGCACUUGGCCAACAACAAGAUUGAUCUGUACAUCAACCUGCCAUCGAGCAACCGCUUCCGAAGACCUGCGAACUAUAUGAGCAAAGGCUACCGUACCAGACGAAUGGCCGUCGAUUACCAAACGCCACUGAUCACCAAUGUCAAGAUUGCAAAGAUUCUCAUCGAAGCCCUUGCCCGGCAUUACGAUCUGAGCAUUCGCAACAUCGAUUUCCAGACGAGUCAUCGCACUGCGGUCCUCCCAGGAUUGAUCAAUAUCGCGGCUUUUGUGCCUGGCAUUGCACAAAAGGGCUCGCACGACUUCUCCCUCGUUACCAAGGCCUCAAUUGCAGCUGGGUUCAGCAUGAUCCGCGUCGUGCCCGUGGGUAUUGACGGUGCUAUCACCGACGCUAGGUCACUGAAGAUCGCUCAGUCCAAUGCCGAAACAGGGGCUUACUGCGACUUCAAUUAUGCGGUUGCCGCCACGGAUUCCAAUUCGGAGCAAAUCGUGCAUGUCCAGGGCGAGGUUGGUUCAUUGUUCAUCCCGUUCAAUCACCUCUCCGGGAACAUCAACAAAGUCGCGACAGUGAGUGCCCACUUCGCGACAUGGCCAACGAACAAGCCGAUUGUGACGGAUGCGAAGACCACCGAUCUAGCCUCGAUCCUGCUCUUGGCGAGUCUACAUGAUCGCAAAGUCCACGUCAUGAAUGUCACCUCGAAGGACGAUAUCCGUCUGAUUGCUCUUUCAAAGGAAAAGGGCCUGAAGGUCACAUGUGAUGUGUCCAUCUACAGCCUUUUCCUGUCGCAAGUCGACUAUCCAGACUGCUCGGCCCUCCCAUCAAUCACUGACCAGAAGGCCCUGUGGGAUCAUCUUUCGGCUAUCGACGUCUUCUCGGUUGGCAGCUUGCCAUAUCAGCUUGCCGGCGAGAACGCGGUUCCUACAGUCGGCAUUGAAGAUGCACUCCCAUUAUUGCUCACAGCCGUCUCAGAAGGAAAGCUGACCAUGGACGAUGUUACUCAGCGUCUCCACGAUAAUCCCAAGUCCAUCUUCGAACUGCAUGAUCAGAACAACACAUCCGUGGAGAUUGACAUCGACCGUCCCUAUGUUCUCCAACCGGGCUCCGUCUGGUCGCCAUUCGUGGGUCAGACAUUGCGCGGUGCUGUCUCUAGGGUCGUCUUCCAGGGCAAAACCGCUUGUCUCGACGGUGAAAUUUCACUGAUCAGCCCAAGUGGUACAGACAUGUCGUCCCACUUGCUGCAUCCUACCUCGCCACCUGUAGGGCCUACAUCUCCAGUCUUGCGGGCACAUGAUGGUCAACUCGAUCGACGUGCUUCGGCUUUUGACACUACACCUAACAGACGACUCUCUAUGGCAUUGCGCAGCCGGCCAGUCACCCGAGCUCGGAACAUGGACGAGGUGCUCGAAGAAGGCCUGCCUCUACCCACUUCCGCCUUCCAGCAACCCCAGGCGCCCUCCACAAUCUCACCCUCAUUACUUUCUCUCCUGGCAUCCUCCCCUUUCAAGAACCGUCACGUGCUCUCCGUCAAUCAGUACACUCGACAGGACUUGCAUAUACUGUUCACGGUCGCCCAAGAGAUGCGUCUGGGAGUUCAGAGACAAGGCAUUCUCCCCAUCCUCCAGUCCAAAGUGCUAUGCACAAUGUUCUUUGAGCCAAGCACACGUACCUCCGCCUCCUUCGACGCGGCUAUGCAACGACUGGGUGGUCGUACCGUUGCGAUCAGCACCGCUCAUUCGAGCACGCAAAAGGGCGAGACCCUACAAGACAGCAUCAGAACGCUCGGAUGCUACGGUGACGCGGUCGUCCUCCGCCAUCCAGACAACGAAUCGGCAGCAACCGCCGCCAAAUUCUCUCCUGUCCCUAUCAUUAACGGCGGCAACGGCAGCAGAGAGCACCCUACUCAAGCAUUCUUGGACUUGUUCACCAUUCGAGAAGAACUUGGCACCGUCACUGGCUUGACUGUCACUUUCACAGGUGAUCUCAAGUAUGGCCGUACUGUCCACUCGCUGGUCAAAUUGCUGCAAUAUUACGAAGUCCGAAUUAAUCUGGUCGCACCCAAGCCGCUUGCUCUUCCCAAAGAGGUUCGAGAACAGAUCGUCGCCUCGGGCCAGCUCGCAGUCGAAUCCGAGACUCUGACACCCGAGAUCGUCGCUAAGAGCGAUGUCCUCUACUGCACGAGAGUUCAGAAGGAACGGUUCCCCAGCAUCGACGAGUAUGAGCGACUCAAGGACAGCUUGAUAGUGGAUAACAGUGUCCUGAAGCAUGCCAAAUCCACCAUGAUCGUCAUGCAUCCCCUUCCGCGUAACAAUGAGAUCAGCGAGGAGGUGGAUUUCGAUCAACGCGCUGCAUAUUUCAGACAGAUGCGGUAUGGAUUGUACACCAGAAUGGCUCUUUUGGCGCUGGUACUUGCGGCGUGAUUGGAUGUGGAACGUUCCUACCUAGACUGAUGUUUCGCUCGCGCUUGUUUUCAGGGCUUUUCGGGAUUGAUGAGCUGAAAAGAAAAGAAAGGGUUGUACUUCGGGUUCUUGGGUUUUCCGCAGGUAGACAAAAAAAAGUAGAAUGAGAUUGCCAGAUAGUAAGGGUUCAGUCUCAUAGCCUUGCGGCAUUGUAUACUUAAUAUGUAUGACUAUGUAUGUUCAAA